CGUUUAAUUUAACCUAACUUUUUUAGAUUCCAUCUCUUUAAUUUACAUGUUUCCCAGUGUUUGUCAUAUCUUUGCGAACAUUUCGUUGAAAUGAGACAGUUUUAACACUCCACCAUGUCAAAUCUGAGCAAACAACUCCCUUUUUUACUAAAACGGGCCCCCCUUUUGAGUGACUUCAUCCCAAAACACUCGCCAGCCCCUAGUACUGACGUCCAAUCCCUCAGAAAUUUUGUCAACGAUCACGAGAAAAUCCUAGUUCUUACUGGGGCAGGGAUUUCGACUGAGUCAGGAAUCCCCGAUUAUCGGUCCGAAGAUGUGGGCCUAUAUGCUCGGACCAAUCACAAGCCAAUUCAAUAUCAGGAAUUUUUAAAAUCGGUAAAAGCAAGACAAAGAUACUGGGCUCGCAACUAUAUAGGGUGGCCCAAAUUCUCGCAAACUCAGCCAAACAUAACACAUUAUAUAGUCCAAUUUCUAGAAAGUGUGGGAAAAGUAGGGUGUGUGGUGACCCAGAAUGUGGACAGUUUGCAUUUUAAAGCCGGUUCUGGAAACGUGAUCGAGUUGCAUGGGACGGCAUUUAGGGUAAUUUGCUUGACGUGUGGCAGCACUUUCGAUAGACAUAAAAUCCAGGAAAAAUUAAUUGAGGGAAACCCCGAUUUGCGCGAGACCUCGCAAAUGAUAAGGCCAGACGGCGACGUUGAAAUUUCACAAGAGAAAGUACAAAAUUUCAAGCCACCAUUUUGCGACCACUGCCAGGGUGUUCUCAAACCCGACAUUACUUUUUUCGGUGAUAACGUACCCAAAGAGCGGGUGGACAAAGUCAGACAAAAUGUGACCCAAAGUGAUUCAAUUCUAGUCUUAGGUUCAAGUUUGAGUGUCUUUUCCGGGUAUAGGAUUAUUUUACAGGCAGUUGAGGAAAAAAAGGAUGUAGCCAUAGUGAAUAUAGGGCCCACAAGGGCUGACAAACACGCCAAAUUGAAAAUCUCCGCCAGAUGUGGGGAUAUUUUACCCAGGAUUUUUGAGUAAAGUACCGAGUUGGGGGAUUUGGGAUUGUUAAGUUGGUUUUGUUGAAAAUAAAAGUGUGACAGAAACAGGUUGUUUUAUUUAAUGCAUU